ACAGUUUCAGGAAAAUGAGAGGCACUCUGUACAGCUGCAACUUCUGGCAACCCAGCUUUUGAAUAUUAUUUUGUAUAUAUACACACACAUAAUAUUUUGAUGUAUUAAGUUGACUUAUACAUUUUAAAUAUAUUUGAUGGAAAUAUAAUAUUUUUAAAAAAACAUUUCUAAGGGAUUACACUUUUUCCUCGUCGAGUUCAACGAUGAAUUAUCAAACGUCGAUAUAUUUAGUAAAGGUUUUGGGUCUUUAUUUGACUUGCCUGCUUGUAGAAGUGAAUGGGCAGGGGCAGGGGCAGGGGCAGCGGCCGCGACAGCAACAGAACUCGGCCGUUUGGAGUCGACGGAUUCAGUGGGAAAAUAACGGGCGCGUUUACAGCUUGGUAAGCCUGGGCUCCGAGUACCAGCCGCCUCAGGACUCAAGCGGGAGCAACAGCCUCUUCUUGCUGAGUGACACCAAUAGCACAGCGGACAGCGGCGCCAGGCGGAGACCCUCUUCCUCGGCUCGCUCGCCCCACACUCCUUCCGGAGCCCGAGCGGCAAGACGCCGGGGAGGCUCGCCUUCAGCACAAGCACGGCAACGUCCGUCUGGCGCAAGGCGGACGGGAGCCGGUCAGUGGUCGCAGGGCACGAGUAGCAAUAACCCAGGAGCUGCCAGAUCUCGGGGUAACUCGCAGCCCACUCGAGCCGGGUCCAGAGAGGAGCCGCGGCGGAACAAUGCAAACCAAAACCUUAGAGACACCCCAGCCACCCAACGGAACGCAUCGAGCCUGGGCAGUCGCGGGAUUGGCAAUGAGGAUAUCAUGGUCGGUGAUGAUCCCUAUAACCCCUACAAGCCGACGGACGACAACCCCUACUACAAUUACUAUGAUACAUACGAGAGGCCCGGGUCUCGACCCCGCAGACCCGGCUAUGGUACCAGGUACUUCCAACACGGUUUACCAGAUCUAAUCCCAGAUCCAUACUACAUUCAAGCCUCAACAUACGUUCAGAAGAUGCACAUGUACAAUCUCAGAUGUGCCGCGGAGGAAAAUUGUUUGGCAAGUUCAGCCUAUGGCUCGGGUGUUAGGGACUACGAUAUGAGGGUUCUACUUAGAUUCCCUCAGAGAGUGAAGAACCAAGGCACAGCGGACUUCCUUCCAAGUCGACCUCGUUACUCCUGGGAGUGGCACAGUUGUCAUCGGCAUUACCACAGCAUGGACGAAUUUAGCCAUUAUGAUCUCCUGGAUGCCACCACCCAUAGAAAAGUUGCUGAAGGUCAUAAAGCGAGCUUUUGCCUGGAGGACACCACCUGUGACUAUGGCUACUACCGAAGAUAUGCUUGCACAGCACAUUCACAGGGAUUGAGUCCAGGAUGUUAUGAUACCUACAAUGCUGACAUUGACUGCCAGUGGAUUGAUAUUACUGAUGUUAAGGCUGGAAACUAUAUAUUGAAAGUUGCAGUAAAUCCUAGCUAUUUGGUUCCAGAAUCAGAUUAUGGUAAUAAUGUUGUUCGCUGUGACCUUCGUUAUACAGGCCACCAUGCAUAUGUCUCAGGCUGUAGGAUUUCACAAUAUUAACUUCACAAAGAGGUAGAUAUGUUAAAGAAUGGAUUGAAUCAAUAACAUUUCCAAGUCACAAAGCAAAUCAAACUUCAGUCUCUUGUAUGGCACCAUUUCAACUUAAACAACCCAAAACAGGUAUUAUUUGCCGAAGAUGUUGAAAUCUAUGAGUAGUUCCAUCUUAAAACCCACAACACUGUGUUUGGGCUUUGGAACCCAUCAUUACUAUUGCAGUGGAAUUUAUUUACUUUAGCUUGUUCAUUAUACUGUACCACUGUAACUGAUGUCUAAGUUUUCUUUCUAUCCUGUCUCUUAGGUCAGGGAAAGACUAGGCUAUUCCAUUUACUUAUUUAAGAGCCAAUAUGGUUGGUACCAGAUUGGUACCGUGAAGGCACUGGUACAGUUUAUAUCCACUCUGCCUAAAUACAUCACCUAUGACUAAGAACUACAGUAGGUAUAAUGUCACAUAGUAUUUUAUUAGUGAAUGAGUUAAGAAAAGUUUGGUGUGGUUAGACUAUUGUUAUAGACAUUUUAUUUUAAAAAUUUAUUAAGAACAUGAUUUUGCUAACUCAAUCACCUCAAGAAAAGUUACUUUCUGACCUGAAGGGCACAGCAUCCAGAUAACCACUGAAAAGAAAUUCAUGGAAUUAGGUUUGUUUCAUCAAAAAAGCCAGAAGAAUUAAAACACAUAUGCCUUUGAAUAUAUCUAACAGCACUUCGAUUACAUUCCAUGCGUUCACCUGAACAGUGAAUCCUUUGUUAAAGGAUGACAAUCAUGGCCGCACACAUUUGGCUACACCAGUUGUAAUCUCAGCUGAAACUAAAGUUAUUACUGUUUUAUUAUUGUGUAUUUAUGCAGCAAAGAGGUGUGAUAAACAUUCAUGCACUUAAGGUCAUCAGCAGAGAUCCUAUUAAUAUAUAGAUCACUAUCUCAUUCAAAAUAAUACAUCAGGUCAUUCAAAUGGUUAAGGCUGCCUCUGCCUUUUUGUAAAUUGGAGCCUGAUCUUUUAAUCACAAUACCCCCAGUCACUGGGUGAUAUUUAUUUCUGUGGAAUAAAUGUUAAAAGUCAUUUCAUUCUUUUGUUCUACAUUAAAGAGCAGAAUUAUAAAUUCAUAUUCUGAAAUCUAUGAUAUCAAAUUAUGUAAAUAUGAAUAUAAGAGUUUAUGAAUGAAACAGCUCAUGAUAAAAAGCCUAUUUCUGAGACUGAAGAAUGAAGAUAGUUUGAUUGAAUAACAACUGUAACUGUGAAGAUAUUUCACUGUAGAAGAAUAUCAUUCUAAUAACAUUUUCUUUGAAAUACAGUGUACACAAAGUAUUAAUAAUAAUGAAAAUGAAAUGUAAUUAACAAUUUGAUGUAAAUUUUCAUUUUACAUUUAGCGCAGUUUUUGCUCACUGAAACAAAUCCACAAAUAUGAAAAAACUCUUCUUGGCUUCUAGCCGGGUACAGGUAUUGACUCUAACCAAACUCUGCCAUCUUCUUCAGGGAAGGCCAAGAAGAGUUUAUUCGUCAUAUAUGCUAGGAAAGCACUAGAUUCUUUUUCAGAUCCACAAUUUGACCUUCUAUUUAUCAAAACAUUAUUAUUUAGAAGUGAAAAAAAUCAGGGACUUAAAUAAAACAAUGUUAUAAACAUUUAAAUUCACAAAUAAAAAUUACAUUUUUGCCGGUCAAGGCCUUAACUCUGGAGAAAAUAAAAGAUUAAAACAAAGUGGUUUCAUUUCUAGAAUUGAGUUCUGCAGUAUAAUCCCUUUUUGGGAUUUCCAUUGACUUUGUGUGAAUUUAAGAUUUAAAUUAGAAAUAAUAAUUAUAAAGAAUAAAAUCAAAAUAAAAAUUCUGAGUGCGUGAUGGCACAAUUAUAUAAAUGCAUGGGUCACUUAUGUACAUUGACAAUUCAGACAUAUCCAGCUGGUCCCAUAUAGGCAGUAGGAAAUAUUAGGACAUCUUUAAUGUUUAUAAUCAAUAACUUCUGCAGAAGUGAACUUGCAUUCUCCAGUUUUAGUCUGAACAAUCUAGCAUAUAUCAUAGUAGGAGGCCAGCACUGGACACAUGGAGGAAUAUGGCACACAAUAAAAAUAUGAAGUUACUUGGUACUGUAAAGAAAGUGACUCAUAAAGUUUAUUCUGUUUCUAAUUUUAAAGAUUGUCUUUGGUUUGUCACCUGGAUUAUGGUGACCCCUCCCUUUAAAUUAUUGUGUAAAUAAUGUACAGUUAUUGGAUAAGCUGCAGCUUAUGUGACAUAUCUUUGAUAAUGGUGACCUAACACCAUCAUUUGCUGCAGUGUUGCCAGAAUUGGAUUACUGUUCAAUUACUGAUCAUAUAGGACUUGAAUUUUUCUGGUUUUAUUUCUGCUUUAGUUCAGUUCUUUAUAUGUUCUAGUAUUUUUUGUAAAACAAAUGGUUAUUUUCAGUUACUGAAAAACACAAUAAGAUGCAUCAAUUUUCAGUCACUUUAUGCACAAUUAAAUCAAAAAUAACAAGGAAGCAAUAGGCUGAUGUGCUAUAUCUCUGCACAGAUUCUUCAAGCUGUAGGGUGAUGCUGAUUUUUGAUUUGAAAUUAAUUUGUCCAGAUUUUAGAGGAAGGUGUGUGUGUGUGGGAUCUCUUCAGGUGAUAAGACACACUGAUAAAGGAUGGCCUUAAAUCUGGUCUUUCAAGGAGCCAGUAAAUUUUUAUCAUUCUUUCUGGUGUUUUAUUCAACAUGCAUAAAAACUCAAGUGAGCCUAUUUUGUAAUCUGCCGGGUACAAUACCUCAUCGGUUUUCUUUUACCAAGGCAGUCAGCUACUUGGUUGAAUACUAGGAACAUUUUGCAAAACUUCAGUCUCUGGAGCAAAAUCCCCUGAUCAAACAAAAUUUUUAAUUUAUCUAACAUAAUUAAGAACAUCACUGGGUCCCUGUGAUACCAUUUUACCUACUUGUCUCCUGUGAACUAUUUAUAUCUCACUAGUCAAUGCAUGCUACAUGCAACACUCUGAUAGCGACAUGUAUAUUCUGCACAGCUGCCAUUUAUUCAGAAUUUUAUUGGCUUAAAAUAUAAAAAGUGACAAUUUACAGGUAGGUUUUUAGGAGUUAUAUAUAUUUUAUAUAUAUAAAUUUUAUAUAUUAAAAUUGAAAAAUUCAAGCCCUAUGUAUAUAGUGCAUAUCACAAUAACACAAACUGUUAGAACAAUCUGCUUUGUAGGGCCUGUAAAGCACUAACAGUAUUGAUACCAUGCAUAUCAAAAAUUUGCGAUGAAUUGUAGGUCUUUGGACCCAAUAUAUCUGUGCCAGCUCAUUUAUCCAGUUUCUAGUUAGACAAUGCCAUUGAAUCUGCUUCCACUACCAUUGAGGAAGUGCAUUCAAACAACUUGCUGCGUAAGACAAGCUUCCCUUUGGUCCUUACAGCAAUCGACUUAAAUUAAUCAGCCUUUCAAACAAUAAAAAUCGUUUAUCCUCUAUUUUUCCAUCCAAAGUACCCCAUAAUUUUGAGUAUCUCCAAUAAAUUUCCCUUUAAUCUCCUCUGCCCCGUGCUUUCCCAACUAUGCAUUCAACUGAAGCAUCAAACAUUACCAGAUGUGAGAAUCCAUCUGCACUGCACCACAUCCAGGGACGGACAUUACUCCUUUGUAAAAUGCAGCAUCAAGAAUUGGAAACAGUAUAGGCAAAGCCUAACAAAUGACUGUAGGGAAUUAACACAAUUCUGGUUUCAACUUUAUAUACUUUUUAAGUAUUCCACAAAAAAAAACAUUAUUUGGAUUAUAUACUUGACACUUGCUCGACAUGUUUUUUUAAAAAAACACUGUAAUUAAGAUUUAAGGGCAAUCUGAAUACUCAUUCCAUGACUUACUUUGAUGUCAGUAGACACCUUUAGAGCCCAACAAGUAUGGCCUGCCCAAAGCUUGCCAAGUGGCUGGCAAGUUGUAAAAGAGGCCCAGUUAUUAAAGUUGUUUGAUGCCUUGCACAAAGAUAGGUUGGAAGUCACAAUCCAUCUUUAUUGCAUUUAGUCCAGGAAUUUAAAGUAUUUUUAAUCAGAUAGAAGAUGAGCAAGCUUCAAAUUGGUCAGAGAUUUCAGUACAAUUUCCACAUCUAGAUGGUUGGAUGAAACAACAUAAGAGUUAUUAGCAAUCCAAUAAACGAUAUUCAUUUCACAGCUAACUAAAAUAGUCUAUUCCAAUCAAACAACCAUUUUCACUAGCAUCAUCAAUGCACAGUGGGGUUGGCAAGCGUAGUAUCACAAUUGCCUGUAAAAUACUGAAAACUACUCUGAAGCAGAGAAAUGGUCAUCAUCUUCUUGUUCUCAAUCAGAAUCAUGCAGUUUAGGCUUAAUUUUGUCCAGGUAAAAUGGUGUCAGUUAUUGGACAAAACCCAAAUUUGUUUUAAAAUCAUGAAUUAAAAGAUGUAGUUUUUCUCUCUUAGUGUGCUGAUAGUGGGUUUAAAAAAAAAGGUCUAGUUAUCAAUGUUAGGCUUACUCCAGAGGCCCUUGCUCAUAGCUGAAGUGCAACAUCAAUUAUGGAAGAGAACACCGCUUCAAGUGAGGGUAAAAUAAACAUACAUGUGUAACAAAAGUUAUAUUUAUUGGCUAUAGGGAAAUGUUUUUUUUCUUAAGAAGUGCUAGCAUGAAGGAAAAGGAAUUAGGUUAGCCAAAAAUUAAUCAUAGACCGCAGGUUUCUUCUAAGUAAAAGAACAACAUGCUGAAGUGGGUUUUAUUCUUGGUUGAUUUUCUAUAAAUGUUAUGCAUCUUACCACAAAAGGUGCAUUUCAACCUUCAAUUUCAUUCAAAAUAUAGAGAAAAUGCUGGUGCUGGAAACAUGCUCAGUAAUAACUAACAAUGUAAUUCCACUAAGGUUUCAAACCUGUUUUGGUGCAUCUCACUAUAUGUAUUAGCUUUGUACUGUAUUUCAUAACUUCUAGCUGCAGGUAAAUUUUAUUUUUAUCUUAGUGUAUCUCUACUUGAACCUUGUAGUUACUGUAUAGAAAUAAUUUGUAGGUGGUAGACAUGUAAUGGUCAUUGCUAUUUCAUAAUCCCGAGUUAUUUGUCAAUAUCAGAUUGAGAUCUUAAUUUGAAUAAAAACAUUUUCAACAUGUGA